GAUGCCAGAAGUGGACGGACAAUUGUACACUACGCCAUCGAAACUAUGGAUCCACAAAUUAUUGAGGUCCUGAAAAACAAUGUCGAGGAAGAAUCAUGGACGGAAUUGGUGAAUCUUGCAGAUUUUAAUCAGGAAAAACCUAUGGACAUGUUCAAAGCCGGAAGAUCCCUAUCGCAAAACGAGUCUGCCAGGUAUAUCCCCUGCUUUUGA